UGGGAGUAGGGCGUAUCCUGCUGCCUGAGUUCCCCUUGAGUUCUCACGGGAUUCAGACAAUAUAUUUUGGAGAUAGAAGCCCAGUGGAGGUGGAUUUGGGCAGAGAACGUGGAUUUGGGAAGUGAACGUGGAUUUCCCCAGAACGUGAUUGUAGACGGCUGGUGUGAGUUCGGGAAUAAAGAGUUGCUGUUUGAAUCUACAAGCUGUGUGGUGGCUCGUGAUUGUGUGCCCAGCCAGACUGUGGCAGCUGAGGAUCAAACCCAGGGCCUCACACUUGCUAGUGGAACACAUGAUCCAGAAGAACCAAUGCCUCUUCACUAAUACCCAGUGUAAAGUUUGCUGCGCCUUGCUGAUUUCUGAAUCCCAGAAGCUGGCACAUUACCAGAGCAAAAAACAUGCCAACAAAGUGAAGAGAUACCUAGCAAUCCAUGGAUUGGAGACAUUAAAGGGGGAAAUGAAGAGACUAGACUCAGAUCAGAAGAGCAGCAGAAGCAAAGACAAGAACCAGUGCUGCCCCAUCUGUAACAUGACCUUUUCCUCCCCUGUUGUGGCCCAGUCGCACUACCUGGGGAAGACCCACGCAAAGAACUUAAAGCUGAAGCAGCAAUCCACUAAGGUGGAAGCUCUGUCGAAACGCCUUACAAAUCCUUUCCUUAUGGCCUCCACCUUAGCCUUGCACCAGAAUAGAGAGAUGAUAGACCCAGACAAGUUCUGCAGCCUUUGUCAUGCGACUUUCAACGACCCCGCCAUGGCUCAACAACAUUAUGUGGGCAAGAAACACAGGAAACAGGAGACCAAGCUCAAACUCAUGGCGCACUAUGGGCGGCUAGCGGACCCUGCUGUCACUGACUUAUCAGCUGGGAAGGGCUACCCCUGCAAGACGUGUAAGAUAGUGCUGAACUCCAUAGAACAGUACCAAGCUCACGUCAGCGGCUUCAAACACAAGAACCAGUCACCAAAAACAAUGGUAUCACCCUUGGGCCAGAUUCCAGUACAAAGGCAAUCCACUCAGAAAGACUCAAGCACCUUAGAAGACUAGAGGUUUCUGUCUAGCACUCCACACUGGACCAGUCCUGAGCCAGCUUCCUAUGACUGUGGUCAGCCCCUGGCUCCCUCUUCCUCCUUUCUUACAGUAGGAGAAUAAGUAGCCCAGAGGAAGAAUUGGGCCACAGACAGCCUCUGAUAGGUCCAGGCAAACCUGCACCCGCUCCACCCUGUGGUAUGGGUCCUGUUGGUCAUGACGGGGAAG